AGUUGGAUUGUGAAGUUCUUGGUUGGUAGGAAAUCGAAGUCGUAGUAACUGCGGAGGCGCGUGCAGGAAGUCAAGGCUUAGUCAUGAUACUUCAACGUCUCCAUCGCAACUGCGCUCAUCAUCAUUCCCACCACUUCCACCAUACCCGACUGGUCGCAUAACGUAUCCCACCAGAAUUCACGUGUCGCGAACCCACUGCGAACCAGAAAGUGCAUACAUCAUGAGUAACGAAGAUACAAUAAUGAGCAACGCGCCGCUCACACCACGCGACGAACCCGAACUCACUUCACCAAUGGUCGACUUCUCUCCUUCGACCGUGCGCUACGACGAAACCUUCGAAAACAGCCUCAUGGAUGUCAUUCUCAAUCCACCAUCCGCUCCCUCACCACGGAAACCCUCCCAAGACAUCCCUACAAUCUCCGCAUCACAACUACCCAUACCGCUCUCCUCGCAUCUCCGCACUCACAACUCUGCAAUACCCGGUCUAUAUCUCACCCAUAAGAACGGAUAUCAUACCGGCGGGCCAGGACCCUCGCCGCAUACGAUCCAGGAGUUUGCAGAUCGAUUCAUACGGGAACACGGUAUCGAGGAUGCGGGGCAGCUGGAGAGGGUAGUGGAAGAUGUGGUGAGGAGUAAGAUGGAAGAGGUCAAGGAGCGCAUGGAGAAGAGGAAAGAGGUUGUGGAGAAGAAUAAGGCAGUAGAGAGAGAGUUGGAGGACUUAAGGUUACAGCGGAGUGCUGAGUUGAGGGUUAUGGAGAGAGUUAAGGGGAAGAAACAAUGAGUUGGGGGAUUGCAGGGGAUAGAUGCGCUUGUUUGGUUGUGAGACUCUGGGGAAAGACUGGGGGGCGAGAAUUUAUGAUACCCGACAUUGCGAUGUCACGAUGAGGGAAUGAAGGCGUAUUGUGGUUGGCUGCCACAGCCAGACUGGAACUCUAAAUGCGUAUGUACAUACGUGUUGGAUUUAUUUCACAUGAAUACACACGGCUUUACCUGUAGUCAUUACGGUGAAAUUGCCAACUUUGUAUUCAUUCAUACCACAGAUACGCUUUGCCAUACCCUCAACGAGAAACACCCUCCAACAGCGUAUA